AUGGUCGAGCUCCGCAAACGUCCAGCCCGGGAGGACCCUGUCGCACCACCAGCCAAACGCUCGUCUUCUAAGACCAACGCGAAGCAGCCUUCCAAAGUAAAGCAAGUUGUCACCAAAGCGAAGGAAGCGAUAGCAGGGCCUACUAAGUCUGAGGAAACCACAGCCACCGAUCUCCCCGCCGCCAAUAGCCAGACGGGAGUCGUGCCCGAAACGACCGGCACGGCUGGCGAGGGCGUCGAUGCCGCUCCUGCUACUACUUCGACGAACGCUGCGGCUCCAGCUCCAGCUACUGGUAGAGCAGCAGCAGCGACCGUGAAACAACUCGGCUCAUACAGUGUAGGCACGAAAGUUGACCUCAAUGGGUUUGGUGGAACGGUAACUACGCACGAUGGAAAGAAGGUCACUUUGGGUGAGCUGGCAUCUGGAGCGGAGAAGGGUGUUGUGGUGUUCACUUAUCCUAAAGCGAGCACGCCUGGCUGCACGACACAAGCCUGCCUCUUCAGAGACAACUAUAAACCCAUUGGUGACGCAGGCUACGCCGUCUAUGGCUUGUCAACUGACUCCGAGAAGUCGAAUACGAAUUUUGUGACGAAAAAGGAGUUGCCAUACCCGUUGCUGUGCGAUCCCAAAGCCUCUCUAACACACGCCAUCGGCAUGAAGAAGCCCGGCUCAACCACACGAGGUGUCGUUGUGCUUGAUAAAGAUGGGACUGUACGCGUAUGGCAGCAAGCGGGACCGCAAGCUACGUUGGACGCGGUAUUGGGGUUCUUGAAGUGA